UAAAAUAGUGCCCUGCAGCAGACUGACAGACACAAUCGGCAGUGACAGCGGCGGUGGCUCGCCGUUGAUGCUCUCCGCUUGCUGCAUGUGGCCUUUGAACUCAUUGUUGUGUCGCGGAUGACGUCAGUGCCGUGUGCUGGAGACGGAGCGGCGUGCGCCUGGCGAGACAAAGGCGGAGGACCGACCCGGGUCAGGCAGGCAGCAGCAGAGAGCCGAGAACCAAUGUGUAUGUGUGUUUUUUUUAACUGAAAACUGCUAACCUUGGAAUUGAGCGACGGUCUCCCUGACGGUACGCAGAAUGAAGACCCAGUGACACUCCCAGGAAUAUGCUUUGACUCUCAAGAAAGAGACAAAAACAGAGCUCUCUUUUCGUUUUUUUAACGUUUUUCUCCUACGCCCCCCAUUUAGCUUGCUACUAGUUAGCUAACCCACUAGCGUAGCACAGCGCACAGUACUCCUGGCUGCUUCUCAUCUUCCCCUUAAAGAAUUGGGCGACAACAGAAGACAGGAGCUCGUCGACAAAGGCAAGAUAAAAAGAAGGUGAGCUCUCUCCCAUCAAACAGGCAUUCGUGAUCUGAUGUGAGAUCCACGGAGAGACAAUGCCUAGCCCUUUAUUCCACCCCGAGAUUAUGGACCACGACGUGGUGAUCAGCAGCCAGCACAACGGGGUUGGUCUGCCCCGAGAGACAGACCAGGAGUCCCGGGAAGAGGACCAUCAUGAUGCGCUCCGCUUCGCCCUGGACCAGCUGUCACUCAUGGCUCUGGAGAAGGUGGACUGUGGUAGCGGAGGCGGCGGGCUGGUCGACACUCUGGAUGGGACCCAGGGUCCGGGCUCCGAGGGUUGCAACGGAGGGGGCUAUGUGGAUCUACAGAUGCUGGAGCAUCCAAACGGGUCCCGGGACUCGCCGACGUCCUGCUCUCCAUCCCCGGAGUACUACGGCUCGGGCGGGUACCACAUGGCCAGCUCGCAUUCCAUGCUCCACGGGGAACAAAGCUCCGUCCUUUGCAGCAGGAAAAGAAGUGUCAACAUGACUGAAUGUGUACCUGUCCCCAGCUCUGAGCAUGUGGCGGAAAUAGUGGGGAGACAAGGUUGUAAGAUUAAGGCAUUGCGUGCCAAAACCAACACCUACAUAAAGACUCCAGUCAGAGGCGAGGAGCCAGUGUUCAUCGUGACGGGACGCAGGGAGGAUGUUGAGAUGGCCAAACGGGAAAUUGUCUCUGCGGCUGAGCAUUUUUCUAUGAUCCGGGCGUCCCGCUGCAAAGCUGGAGGGCCCGGGGGUGGAGGAGGAGGCACCAGCUCUCUUCCUGGACCACCACACUUACCUGGACAGACCACCAUACAGGUGAGGGUGCCCUACAGAGUAGUCGGUUUAGUUGUUGGACCAAAGGGAGCAACUAUCAAGCGCAUCCAGCAGCAGACUCACACCUACAUCGUGACACCCAGUCGAGAGAAAGACCCGGUGUUCGAGGUGACCGGCAUGCCAGAGAACGUGGACCGAGCGAGAGAGGAGAUCGAGACCCAUAUCACCCUGCGAACUGGAACCUUUGUAGACCUGCAGGGAGACAAUGACUUCCACUCCAACGGCACAGAUGUCAGUCUAGAAGGCCUGGGCGCCCUGAGCGGGGCGCUGGGGUCGUCCCUGUGGUCCAGGGCUAAUGGCCAUCAUUCGGUCCCCCCUCCUCCUCCACCACCCUCCCCACCUCCUCUUCCCCUCCCCAUGUCCAUGCACCACUCCUCCAACCGGAAGAUGUCCUCCUCAGUAGCCUAUCACACGCACAACGGCGCGAUGAGCUCAGACAACUUCAGCACCUCUCGCAAGGCCAACGAGGGAGGCAGCCCCACCAGCCCCUUUAGCACAGGCUCCAGCGGUGCUGGAGGAGGGUUUACUUUCGGGGGUGACUCCACCCCAGGGCUGCCCUCGGAUGAGUUGGGGUUUGAGUUCACUGCUGCCAACAUCUGGGCACCUUUCGUCAACGGGGGGGCAGGCAAUAAGACGUCCGGCUCCUCCCAGCAGCAGCAGCAGCCUCUACGUCGCAACAGCAGCGGCCUCAGCGGCGGCGCCAUCACUCCAAGAUUGUCUCCAACUCUGUCUCAGGACACGGGCGUGGGCCCCCUGGAUCAUCCAUUAGCCCGUCGUGCACAGAGCGACCCCCUCAGCACUCUCUCCUGGCUACAGUCUGGCAACGCAGGAGGCGGCUCCUUCUCCGGAGCGUCCAGCUCCAGCUCCGGCGGCUCGUCGACCGGUUACUCCUCCUGCUCGGCCUCCUCCCUGCCCGGCGGCUCUCCCACUGACUCCGAGGGGGGAGGCAGCGGCAUGAUCCUCAGCUCUGGGAUGCUGAGUCGGCUGAAAGGCGGCUCCGUGUCCGGGGUUGCGGGUCUGGUCGGCGUCGGCCCCGGGAUCAACAGGGACUGUUUCGUGUGUUUCGAGAGCGAAGUGACGGCAGCCCUGGUGCCUUGUGGCCACAACCUGUUCUGCAUGGAGUGCGCCGGGCAAAUCUGCCAGUCCACUGAACCCGAGUGUCCCGUCUGCCACACCCCAGCCACACAGUGCAUCCGCAUCUUUUCCUAAUGCCUGUCGGGGGGGCAGGCAGGCACCAGCUGUGGCGGAGGCAAUGGAAGGAUUCACACUAACUCUCACACACAUUUGGACCAUAAUAAAUGCAUAAUAGAGAUGAUGAUACUAUACGGAUGUUGAAUUUUUUUUUUUUUGCUGAUAACUGUCAAGAUUAAUCACAAGAAUCAAUAAUAAUAAUAAUAAUAAUAAUAAUAAUGACUGAGUUAUUUUCAGAGUGACGUUAAUUGAAACUGGUCUGCAGCUGUGGCUCAGCCAGUCUCUCGGUGGUGAACUUCUGGAAGGAAACUAGUGUCUUAUCUCUCUUCAGGCCUUCAUUUUGACCGGCAGUCUGCCGGUCCGUCUCCACAUUUCUUCAUCCUGGCUUCUUUAGAUCUCUGCCUGCGUUCUCUCUCACAGCCAUUCGUUUUGACACUUUUGUACUUAACAGAUAUUUUUCGAUGAAGCUGUCAAUGAGGCCUGCACUUUUCUACUCCUUAUUUUAAUGUUCUUGCCAGGACACAAAACCGUUCCAACGAUUCCCCCCCCCCCCCCCCCCCCCCCCCCCCCCCGCUUUCUCCUCUUGCUCUCACUCAUGCUGUUGUCUGACAUGAAGCGGCGGGGUUGCUAUUUUUCUGUACCUCUGAACUUUUUUAAAUGUCCGCAUUUAGUCAGGCACCUACCGAAAACAGUAGAGCCGAGGGACCUCCUGAGGAUGACUUCAUUUUUCUAUCACCAGUAAUGACAAAAGAAUGCUAUUAGUAGACACCUCUUACGUCCGGAUCAAACCCAAUAACACGAUGGAUGAAUUUAGAUGCCCCACAUUUGAAAUGUGGCCGCCGCAUUGAUUCACAUUAAUUAUCCUUUUAAUAAGUGGGAAACACACCAUUAGUGAUACUGUAGGAAUGUGUCUGAGGUCAGUUCUCUGUGCGUUUGGGCAGCCUGACAAUCCCUUUACAUUGCUCUUGUGUGUCUGUCUGUGUGUGUCUGUCUCUGUGUGUGUGUCUGUGUGUGUGUUGCCCGCUCAUGCUGUUUCCACGUUGGCAUCAUUCUGUGCCCUCACCAUGAGGGCCUGGUUUCUGUCUGCUGCCCCUCUCCUUCACUUCCCACUCGCCGUCUUACAGGAGGACUUGGGGCAGAUCCAUCCACACCAGGACCCUUUCCUCCUCCCAUCCCGUCUGUUACACUCCGAUCGGCUCGUUACGCUCGUUUUCUACUACUUUUUGACUCUCAACUGUCCAGUGUGUGGCUCGCAGACAUAUUUUUAACUCUAGGAUAAGAUAGGGCUUUUCUGAUGUCACAUGUGAAUGUUUGGAGAGACAGCUGCUCCUCCAUAUGAAACAAUAACAAGGAGCUUGAUUGAUUUUUUUUUUUCUUCUUCAUGCACUGUAACUCCCGGGAAAAAAUAAGAAACGGCUCUUAUUAUUUUUGUUUUUGUAGUUUUGGUCUUCCACCCCGCUCUCACAGCCAAGCUGUAUGGCACUCUCUCAGACGGACUCCUGGCCAAAUGUGGUGCACUAUAUGGUUAGUUGUCUGAGAUUGGUCCCAUUGUUUUCAUAGCAUCACUGAGUAACUCCUGCUAAGGCGGUUGCAUCCUGUUUUGUGUUUCGUGGUUUUUAAAGAAUUCAGUGUGAGUUUGCAGUAACUGCCUCCUAUAGUGUUAAUACUGUACCUAUGAUUUGGGCGAUGUCGGUGCGAUAGUACACGGUUACCGUUGGGGGUCCUUUUUUCUUUAUUUUUUAAAUGCAUGGAAUCAGCUCAUAGAAUGAGACAAGCCAUGACAAUAGACUUAAAAAUGACGCCUAAUUCCCAAGGGCUUCCUCUGACUGCACAGACACAUGAUCACAAGUUUAGGCUCACACGCAGUAGGUAGAACUUCUUCUUUUAUGGCAGCUAGUAGCUAGGUCAUCCAGGGCUUCCAGACACUCCUUGUGUUCAAAUCCCAGCAGCUGCAGAAUGUUUUGCUUGUUGUUGUUUUUUUAAAUUAUAUUUUCUAACUGUCCCUACACAGUCAUCGCAUUCAGAUCCUGCCAGUAGAGCGUAGGGCAUUGCAGUCACCGUGUGUCCUCUCUGGACCAACUCUCAGAUCUCAGCAUGUAGGGUUUUAAUAUCAAGGAGAAAAAAAAGGGUAACGCUACUUGAGGAAAUUAUUGGCAAGGGGGGGGGGCAAUUGCUGCUGUGCUUCGGUGCUCCAUCCAGUACGAUGUGAACGUGUUGGCUGCCCGUCUGUCUGCUCCUUCAGGUGAAGAGGGCAGCAGCGGCACAGAGGCCUCUAAUAAGCCGUAGUCGUGGUUGAGCGCAGCGGUGCACUAAUCCACGUGUCGCACACGAGUAGGAACACUCUGCCCAGGAGCUGAACCGGUAGUCUUUGUGAUGACUUUCCCAUGGUGCUUUGGUGCAGCUCCCCACUGAAACACGGCGACGAACAAACCCGGUUGGUAGCGAGGGGCCUCUUAGAACCCUGUUCGCAUUCUCAUUGAAACUGGCAACCCACCAUCUCGUCUCUUACCCGUGCACGCUGGGAACAGACGCGGGGCCGGGGACAUGUCCGAAAGAUCGGAUGAGCCGUGGCUGUCUCGUGAGUCUGUCGAGGCCGGUCUUAAAGUCCUUCAAACUGUCCAAGUCGAUGCGUUGAAGGAAUAAAACCUUUACCUGAUGGGUCUAACGUAAACUCUGGUGUUGCACUGGGAUGUGUCUGGCCAAUGAGAGAAUGUCGGGGUCUAAUGUACAGAAUUUUAAUUGUUAAAAAAGGUACUACGUUUUUCCAAUUUGACUGCUGAUUUUUUUUCUUUUUUUCUUUUUUUAAGCCAAACCUAUCCCCUCCCCGAUUUCCUUCCCGAAGGUUUGAAAACAGGGUUUCCUGAGGCAUGCUAGCCAGUGACCUCUGGCCUUUUUUGUGAUUUAGAUGGGGGGGAGGGGGGGUGGGUGGGAGAAGAGAGCCAUGCCAGUAAGGGGUGACGGACACCCCUCAAACAGCCGCUCUCCAAUCUCUUUGCUUUAAAUCUCUUUGUAUGCAGAACCAAAAUGUAAACUGUUGGCCAACUGUUUCAGGCGUGCCCUGAGUGUGUAAAUACCCGGAAUACAAUCAUUGGGAUCUUGUUUUCAGAAGCAAAAUUACUUAUUGAAGAUAAGUGUAGUUUCUAAAGAACAUGUAUCAUAAUUUGUAAGUUAACCAUCUGCAUGUCUUUAAGCCACCUGGCAUUAGCUAAUAAUUUUUAAGAUACAAAAAAAAAAAAAAACUUUUUACACAUUUUAUUUUUUACAAUUUAUUUGCUUACCUAAAUAUCCCAGACAAUAAUGUGACCCUUUUUUAUUACUUCAAAUUUAUUUUAUUUUCCUUUUUUUUUUAUGUUCCUUAUUUUCUGUGUACUACAUAUAGGCAAUUUAUAACAAAAUGAGAAUUAUUGAAGAAAUUUUAAAAUUGAAAUAUAUUUUAUUUGAAAGUUUAUGGACCUUUUAACCGUGAGCCAGAAAAGUUGUAUAAUCGUAUGAUUUGAACUGACUUGACGGUUAUGAGAAAUGUAUCAAGAGUUUUAUUUUUUAUGCUUCUUUAAUAAAGUCUUGUUUUUGUUUUGUUUUUUACUGUAAAAAUAA